AUGGUAAAGCAACAACAACAUCAACGAGGAAAAUGCAACAAUGGAUACCCCCAACUCGUUGGAAACGCUGGCAAAAUUUCCAAGGUUGGUCGACUCCACCCGAUUAAAACGAGCAAAAAGUAUCGAGAAUUUCUUGAAGCCGCAGAAAACGAAAGAAAUUUAAAGAUCUGCGAAAUGUCGAGACUCAUUGAGAGCUACUGGGAACUCCGGGAACUUUUAUUGAGCGUUGAACAGGCGAAUGAAAAUAAUUGUAAUUCCUUUUUGAUAAAAGAGCUAGAAAAUAAAAAGUUGACAAUUCGGGAGAAGCUGAUUUAUCUGGAAUCCAGUGUGGAUCAACCUUUACCCCUAACGAUAGAUGGAUCUAUGAAGAAGAUUCUUAACCGUGCCAGUUCAAAACCUCAGAUGAGAAAAGAAUCUUCAAAACGUACUUCCUCCUUCAAAAAAUACUGUCCGAACCCUAUGAAUAUUACUGAGGAGAGCCAUGAGACAGCUAUUCUCAGAGAUGGUCCAAAUAUCAACGAUGUUCCCAAAUCAGCGCCUGAUAUUCGCAACAGAAAUAGUUGGAGAGCCAGUGUAAAAAGUCAGAUUUUUGUCAGAAUAAACAACCUUCAAGUGAUUACCAUCAAUAUCGACCUGUUCACUUGUGCAGAUAAUUUACAGCGGGUUUUAACACAAGAACUUGGUGAAAAAGCAGAAGACUAUAACAUUACUUUUGGAUCAAAAGAGCUUGACAAAGACAAAACUUUGUUCGAACAAAAGAUAUACCAUGGAACUACUGUAGAUUUACAUGUCCGUUUACAUGGAGGUAAAGGAAAAAAGAGAACGAAGAAGAAGCUGAAUCAACAAAAGAAAAAAGAUGACAAUAUUACAGUAACCCAUGAAGAUAAUGCCAACAAAUCUUCUCCGUUAACAUUGGGGAGUAUGAAGGUUGAAGAUAUUGAGGAAGACGUCGAUAAAGAAUCCGAACAUGAAUUGCUUCAAGCAUCCAGAAAUGAUAUCUCUGGUACAUUUGGUAAACUUCCGAACCUGGAUUCAAUUAGAGGUCUACUGAUUCUGGAAGAUAUAUCAAACGAUGGCAAAUCUCCAACUCCUGAAUUUGGAAGCGUUGUGUCAGUGAAAGGUAUUUGUGAAAGAAAGGAAUCAUUUGGUAAUAAUACAACACUGAUAAUAAGAGACGAUCCUCAAGGAGCUUCCAGCAUUUCUUAUAAGAUGAAGAUCGUUAUUCGUAGCAACGAAAAAAGUAUGAAUUUGAAAAUAAACAACAUCGAAAAACUAUUGGGCGAUGUACGUAAAGAAGUUCAAGUAGCAGUGAUGGGACGAGUCGAACGCUUGGAAAGCGAAAGCAAUGAUACCAAAGAUCCACAUUGUGAAAUGAUACGAUUUCAACUUGUGGUUGAUUCAGACAACCAUCAUGGAUUUGUUUACGUUGAAAGGAUAAGGCCAAAAUACACUAGACAACUUUCACAACCUUGGUGGAUCUCAGAGAACGGUGAUUCUUCUUCGCAAUUUUUGAAUUUGAAAAAAGGUGAUCGCAUUGCUAAAACAGCACAAAGAAUUUUCCUUGAAUCUACAGCUUCGAAAAAUGAAAUUUUGAAUUACGUUGUAGCGUUGAAAAAUUGCCGCGAUGGUGACAUUUUUGUUGGUGUCGACGUAGAUGGUGUGGUCACUGGAAUAAAGUCGGAUGAUGGAAAAAUCGCAAAAAUGCGCGAGGAAUUGUCAAUCGCUAUAACGAGUAUACUACCAGAAUCAAAUGAAGGAACAAAUAUCUGUUUUACUUUGGAAGAAGCGUGUAAUUAUGCUAAUGAAAAUAAAUGUUUUGUUUGUGUUUUGCCUCUUUCGACUUCUGGGAAAAGUGAGAUGGACGAACAUUAUAUCAGUUGGAUUCAUGUUCCUCAAGGGGAAACGGAACCUCUUUAUUUCAGAGCAGAAAAGAAUGUACACGCUUAUAUACGAAAAGGAGCGGAAAAAAAACUGAUAAGGAAUUACAAAGAAUUCUUUAGUUCAUUGUAUUCACUUGGCAGUCGUCCAAAACCAAAAGAAGUUUCAGAAGAAGAUUUGGAUAUUGAAAUAAAGUUCAAAGAAUCUAUAGGGAAAACAGGUUUAAGUAAUAAUUACCAGGUUUUACAAAAAAUAAGGUACGAAAGUCAAAACAGCGAAUUUAAGAUGAUUCCUGGAUGUGAUCCUGUUAAGACCAUCGUUGAUAAGCAUUUGAGAAAAUACGCAUGUGGUUUUCUUAACGCUUCUGGUGGGACGAUUUUGUUUGGCGUACAGGAGGAAAAGGAAUCUAAAGUCGGGCAUGUUGUCGGUAUGGUCAUAUCUCUUCAAAAAAAGAAAGAACUUGUCCAAAAAGCAGUUACUGUACUCAGUGAAUUUUAUCCACCAGUUCUUAAAAGUCAAUUUCGUUUAAUAUUCCACAAAGUUAUUGUUCCACCACAAUUUGUAUCAGUUGUAAAGAACGAACAGCCUAAUAAAGAUGGCACCGAUUCGUUUCUUCUUCUUCAAGGCCCGCCUGACAAAGUGUUUGAAAAAUGGCCAAAAUUCGUUAAAGAUAAAUUUCAAGAUUGUCUGUCUAGAGUUAUUCCUUUGAAACCAAAGCCAAAUUGUGAAGAUCAAAACUUCUGUAUUGUGGUGGAAAAUCGACGAAAAUCUACCUUCGACUCAAUAUUCGAGAAUAAUUUGAAUGGAUUUCUUAAGGAAAAUGAAAAAAUUACUAGGAAUUCUAUAACAGAGGAUGAAUUGAACCAUUACUUAAACCAGCUUUGCAUUAUUGAACUUAAGAUAUUUCCAUCCCAGUAUCCUAUACAUUUGACAAGGUCAGUCGAAACGCAUGUUUUCGAUAAGCAAGGAAACUUAGUCGAGUUAAGCAUAGAAAGCCUAAUGAAUCGAUUUAAAUUUGGUAAUGAUUCUAAAACAACGUUUGAAGUGGAUAAAUUUCUUGAGGAUGUGGAGGACUUUAAACAAGCGGGUAAUUCCUAUAUUCUUAUCACUUCCCCAUUUCUCUUACCGACAAGUGAAAGAGAUCUCCAUGGCCUGGUUUUACCUCAGUGGACCCUCGUAGUCGAUUUCGACCAGCAUCUGAAAAAAGAAGGUCAUUUGUAUAGUCGAUUUAAGGAACUUUAUGACGUCCUUCACAUUCAACGAAGAAGCUUUAUUAAAACUCCUCGAGACACCAAACUUGAUUUGGAUCCUGAACACGCUAUUUGCUGGCUCGCUGUACGAGGAUAUGAUGAAGUAGAGAAAACUCUCUCCCAAGAAGGUCACGCCAAUUGGAUCACUACUCACAGAAGUUCGCUCGCAUCACUACUAAAGCCAGAAAUAGCACGCUGUGUCCAACCAAACUAUCUCAGGAUCAUUGUUUUGUGGGACGAAGGACAGGAGCCGCUUAUCUAUUCACUGAGAACAAUUCUGGAGGAUAUAAUCAGUUUUAAUGGUCAUCGCACAGCCGUAACAUUUGUAUGUUCAACGGAGGCUGCGCGAUCAGAAAUCAAUGAAAAUUUGGUAUUACCACUACAGAAAAUUGGUGACAGUUAUUGGCGAAUAUUUUCAAUUGAUCGUGUUUACAUUGCCCAACCAUACGUUCUUUCAAGGCAUCUCUCGGCAAACCUACCAAGUCCAUAUCAGCCAGAAGAUGAUUAUCAAGUUCCGCACCGAAAAAAAGUAAAAGGAAAGUAUCAAACGUGGCCAGAUAUAUUACCGACAAGCCUGAGAAAUAAUAAUUGUUUGAAGGUGAUGUACAUCAGAAAGAAAAAAGAGCUUGAGAAACGCAAAUUGGAAAAAGAACGAGAAAAGUUCUAUUGCGGCUUGAAAAUAACAGAUAUUGGCUUGCAAAACGAAUUUGGGAUUGAACGUGAAAAGAUGAAAAAAUUAGAAACAGAUUUUGAACUUGUCUGUACCGAUUUAAAUAACAGGAGGGGGCAUGUUGCAAUUUUGUGUCUUAAGGUCGACCGCGGAGCCGGAUCAAGUACUCUGUGCUUACAGUUUUUAUUUAAACAUCACAAGGAAUAUCCGUGUGCACAACUCCUAGAAAUUGGCGAGGACUUGUUGAGUUACAUUAGAGAAAUUAACAAUGCAACCCAGCUUCCACUCCUGUUGUUUGUUGACGAAGAAAUUUCACAUCCACAGGACUUCCUAGAUUUCUCAAGAAAGUUAGUUGAGUGCAGCAAUGUCAAUGUUAUCCUGCUAAUAAUUGAACCAGCUGAAGCUAAAAAAUCCACGAACAACACUAGAAUAAGAAACAUUGAAGAUUUAUCUACUCUGCAAAAAUGCCUAUUAAAAGUGAUUGAGCUAAGAAGAGAUCUAACGAAUGGAGAAAUGACUGAUUUAACAAACAAUCUCGCGGAUAUCAAAAAAGACAAAAAAAUUUCAGAAAAAUUGGCAACGCUUAAAGGCAAAGCUGCGAGAGAAAAGAGAGUACUGACAUUUGCCCAUUUUGGAUUAACGGUCUUUGGUAAAGACUUUUUUGGUUUGUAUGAAUUUGUAAAAUUCAGACUUGAUAACGCCGAUGACAAACAGAAAACAGUCCUAUCAUACUUAUCUCUCAUCCAUGUUUACACGGACUCCACUCUCCCGGCGAGUGCUCUUUCUGGUUUUCUUGAAACAAAAGAAAAAGUCAAUUUGGAAAACGAAUUUCAAGAUGAUUAUGUCCGUGAACUCCUUAGUCCACCUGUAGACAACACGGACUCACGUCGAAUAUCAUUUCACGAAGUUGCCGAGGAAAUUCUCGCUCAGCUAGCAUCAGUCAAAUCUUGUGGGUCAGCCAGCAAGCAAACAUAUUGGCAGUUCAUUAAGGAUGUUGCCGUUGAUUUAGCGAAACAGGUGUUAAGUGUCAAUAUUACAAAUAAAACAAUAGACCGUCUUACUAGACGCCUUUUUGUUACCAGCGAGUACGAGAGUGAAAAAUUCUCUUCGUUGAUACGUGCAAUGAAAGAUAACGAUCGUGAUACUGACAUUGCUCGUGACACUUUGACUGAACUGAUCAUGAAAGAUAUUUUUCAAAAGCCGUCAUCCUUUCGUGCGCACAUUCUUGCACAUUUAGCAAAAUAUUACAUGAUCGUUGCGAAAGACUUCGAACAAGCGAAACCUAGAAUUGAAGAGGCUAUAAAGGACCAACCAGAUGAUCCUCUUUUGCGACACAUCCACGGCGACAUUAUUUUACGCCACUUAAAGGCUAUCAAGAAGAGGCCCGACAUAGUUGAUAUGGAUACCAUUGUGUCGCUCGCCGAAGAAAGCAGUAACAGCUUCAAAUUUGUUCGACGAAAGCAGCCGGACGAUAGCCAUGGGUACAGGUCUGAUGCUAUGGUGCGUAUCACCGUCAUGCAAGCAGCCACAAAACACCAAGCUGGGACGUUACAUGGAAACAAAAAAAUUUGUGAUAAUUUCAUUGAUUUUUUGCUCGAAACGUUAAAUGUGAUACGAGAAAGAGGGGACAGAAUAAUAACGAGAAGAGAACGAUAUCUCAUAUCCCUUAUCCCAAAAGCUCAUGAAUUUCUUUAUGAGGGUGUAAGCGACGACUAUGAUCACAAGGAAAAAUGGAAAGUCCAGUUUCGUAAACAUGUCGGUGAUUUAUCAAAUCUUAAUACACUUUGUGACAAAAUACGCAAAAUUAAGUCUAUCUUCCCUGAUAUCCGCGACAAAAACUCCACAUGGCUUCAUAAAGUUCUGAUAAAUAUUCAAAGACUGAAAAAUGGAUUUGAAAUUGAUGAAGAAAAUUUAACCGAAAAACAGAUCGAAGAGAGAAUUAAUAGGCCAAUCCGUCGCUCCCCAAGUGAAACAGGUGCACAAUUGGGAAAAAAAUCCCUCCAAAAUCUAGUUUCUUCUGAGAAAUCAUCAUUAUCCCAUGCAAGAGUAGUUGGAACAUCACUAACAAAGCCUGGAGGAAUAGCAGAAUCAUUGGAUAUAUUCAUCUGUGCAAGGGCAGUUUCAUGGCACAAUACAAAUGAGUGUGACAUGCAAUGUCCAAAGCCACUCAAUAGAAAAAUCACUGAGGCUGAACCUGUCAGUUGUCUAAGUGCCAUGGCAAGUGCUAUGCUCUUGGGUGUAGGAUUCCUUCCCCCAGAUGCUAAAUUCAGAAGGUCUUGUACAAUUAAUGUUAGUUUGGCAUUGUUCUUGCCCUCAAUUGGCACGUACUCACUUAAAGUUGGCUCUGAAGAGAAUCCACAAGUCCAAGCCGAGACAUUAAAAAGUUCACAUGGAACCACUUUUUGCACAUUAUCCAUUGUCAAAUCAGAUGCCAAUGGUGGCCAACGAAGAUUCAGUUUUGUUCCACGAGGGGUGCAACGGAAUCCGUUUUCUAAGCAUCUUUUGGAUGCUCAUCCUACGGCCUAUAAGGAGAUUGACGAGGCUGCCAAGGGAUUAAAGUACCCUGAGUCGGUAAUGAUGUUUUGGAUCCGGUAUUCUCGUCGCAUAAAAAAUGUUCCUCACUUGGAAGAUGUUAGAAGAAAAGUUAAGGAUUGGCUAUUUUUCGCGAGAAAAAGGGAUAAACCAUCGCCAAAUGCGGAGUUUUAUAAUUAUGUCGUGAACAUGCUGAUCGCCUUGCAAGAUCCCAAUGAUGCCCAAAAGAGAGAAAAAGUUGCAAAAAUUCCGCUAGAGAAAAAACACAAGAAAGAUAAUGUGACCAUCCCUCAAGAAUGGCUUGAUCCCAAAGAUGGACAUCACAUCAACUCCAUUAACAGCCUUUUACAUCAUGAUGACCUUGUGAAAGAGAAAGAUGAAAACCACAGAAAUAAGCAGCAACGUCGAGGGGUUGUCGAAGGUUAUCUAAGCAAGAAGGAUGGAAAAGGAGUUACAAGAUGGAAAGGUACCGUCUUCGAUGUUCAAAAAUUAUGGUUUGGCAUAAUUAUAUUCAAAAAACAUUUUGAAGUUCGUUUCAUACCUCAGAAUGUACAAGGAUCGGCAAGGUCAGGAGACACUGUCUCGUUUUGUUUGGGAUUUGACCGAUUGGGUCUAAGUGCCUGGUGGGUGAGACUUGAAGAAAGGGGAAGCGAACCUUUAGAGGGAGUAAGAACAUUCCCCAACUUCAAUGGGCACGAUUCCUCAUCUGAUAAAGAAGAAGAAAAUGCUAGUGAAGACACUACCAGGUCGAGUUCGUGUAAUAAUCGAGACAAUUUUUAUCCAAGAGAAAACGCAUGGGACAGUCGAAUCGGUGAGCGACUACAAGGUGUUGUAGUUUUCACUAAUUCAGAAAAAGGAUUUGGCAGUCUGAAGCAUCCAGAUAUCAAAGAUACGCUAUUUUUUCACGCGUCACAACUCGAUCAACCUGUUGUUGAACUAGAAGGAAACAUUGAGAAGCACAUGGUUCUAGAUUUCAUAGUAGAAAAAAGUAAAAGUAUCAAAGAAGGUUCAACAGGCGAAAUCUGUGCCAGUGAUAUACACGUCGUUGUGGAAAAAGAUAUCGAUCCAAAAAUUACAACAUUUCUCAAAAGAAGAAGUGAGAAUGAUUCUUCACCCUCGGUCGUUCGACAUCAUAGAGAACUGGGAAGGGAAACACGUAUGGUUGAGCAAUCAAAAGAAACCGGAGUGUUUGUUAAACAUUCCAAUGAUGGAACCUACGGAUUUAUUAAACCCGAUCGAGCAUCAUUUGGAAGAGAUAUAUUUUUUCAUCGUGAAGGUUUAGUUAGUGGAGAGUCCAUGCCAAACGUUGGAAAACGUGUCCAAUUUUCGGUUUUUGAAACCAAAAAAGGCUUUAAAGCUACUCAAGUUUGCGAAGGAAUUGAGGAUCAUCCUAGGAAAGGAGAAAGUUUAGAAGUUUGGUUUAAAGAAUAG